AUGAAUUGGGAAAUUGGCCACAAAUCUUACAUGUGGUUAAUUGCGAUUCACGAGAGUUUUGAUUUACUGGAUGAUGGUAACAGGAAUUUUGAUAUAAUAUUGAGUCCGGAAGAGCAACAGGUAGAAGAUCUUAAUGAAGAUGUAAAUAAUAACUCUUCAGGAAAAGAAUUGAUGCACAAAUCAAUGCUUAAUGAAGAAUGGAUCAAUGAACUAAUAAUGCCCCCAUAUUUUUACUCGGGAUUAAAUCUUAGUUUGGACAACCAAGGUUUACAUUUUUUAGAGUUUUUUGAAAUGAAAGUAUCUAAACUUAUAACUGUUGGACCACAGUCAUCGAACUACUUAUUGAAGACAUUUAUUCCUCUAGCAGUAAGUAGCGAACCCAUUCAAUAUGCAUUGGCUUCUUGGGGUGGAAUGUUUGUAGAUGGAAAGCGAAAUAUUCAUAAUUACCAAGUCUAUAUGGUUAAGGCUUCCAAACUUCUUUUAAUGAACUAUGACAUGUCAACUGCAUUGAGCAAGAACGAUUUCUUUGUUGUUUUAGGUUUUUUUUUAAUUGCAAUGUCAAUCGAAAUAUGUUCUGGAGACGUAUCUAGAUGGAAAAGUUUUCUUGAGCAAUGUAAGAAUUUGAUAAUACGACAAGGUGGUAUUAUCAAAAUAUUGCAUGACUUUCAGUUCAGUAAUGAUAUUAAGUGGAUGAUAUCAAACCUACAAUUCCAUGAUAUUUUGUCCUCAGAUACAUAUUUACAUGGCAGCAUAUUGAUGGAUGAAUACAAAACUGUAUUUAGGACUGGUAAAUUACUUGAAACAGAUAACUACGGAAUAGAUCCAUUCCAGGGUUGUAACCAACCCAUUUAUUUACUACUUGGAGAUAUUGCGAGUGAAAAUAUUAUAAUUAAACAAAAGAACAAGCAAUUACAAGCAGAUUUAUACAAGCUACGAGAUGACAAAUCAAAUAAACCAACUUCGUUUGAAUCUUGUAAUAGUUUCAACUCGAAGUUACGGAUAACUUAUUACGAAUAUGUAAAUUCCAGAGUAAAAUAUUUGAGAGAACAGGUAGAAAAAUGCCAGCCCCAUGAUUUACGACUAUCUCAGGAUUUAUCUCAGAACGAGUUAGAUGCACACCUCGACUUGUUUGAAUUAAUCAAAUAUUCAUGUGAGCUAUUGCUUCUUCAAAUGGAAAUGGUACCUCCUUCUUCGUAUAAAGUGCAAACUAUAUUGAUGUAUUCAUUGGUUAAAAUAGACCGCAUAGUUGACACUCGUAUGAUUCCGUGUCUCGGCUUUCCUUUACUUAUGUGUGGAAUGGUUGCUUAUAAAGAAGAAGACCAAGAAUAUAUGAGAAAGCAAAUAGAAAAGCUAAUGAAAACAUAUUGCGUAGGAAAUAUGGAAAAGAUAUAUUGCAUAAUUAAGGAAGCUUGGAAAAAGAAUACAGAUGGAAAUUUUUGCUUUGAUUGGGCAGAGAUUGCGACCGAGAAAGGAUGGCUGCUAUUUUCGUGCUAA